AUGCCGCCCCGAGCAAUCCCGGGCCUUGUGUGCAUGGCCAACGUGCAGGAGGGUAGAGACGCGAAGAAGCUGCGAGCCAUGGCAGAAGCCGCUUCCUCCAUCCCUCGUGCCUGGCUGCUACGUGUCUUCUCGGAUAGAACUUUCCACCGGAGCGGAUUUUGCCUCGCUGGAGCUCCAGAUGCAGUGGGAAAUGCGGCGAUCGCGCUGUCGAGACGAGCAGCCGAAUAUAUCGAUCUCACAUCGUCUGAGCGGGCAGAAGACAAGUAUGAAGAUGUUGGCUCUCAUGUUGGCGAGUCUGCGCAUCACCACGUGGGGGCAGUGGACCUUCUGCCGUUCCAUCCUAUCGGGGCAGCAACCAUGGAGGAUGCUGCCGAGGUUGCUCGAAGAGUUUCAAAGACACUCGGAGAAGAGAUGGGUCUCUCAGUCCUCACUUACGGGCACGCACACCCCACUCGGAGGUCUCUGGUGCAACUGAGGAAGCAGACGAGCUUCUUCAAGCGAGGUCCUCAUGCCCUGCAUGCGAGCAGCCAUGCUGUCUCCUCAGAAGUGAAGCCUGACUUCGGGCCCGAGGUGCCGGAUCAACGACGAGGCAUAACUGUCUGUGGAGCCACCGGAUACGUGCUGAACUUCAACAUCGCGCUAGAGACUACAGACCUGCAGGAGGCGAUGCAGAUAGCGAAGGCGAUUCGAGGAAGCAACACAGGGGGCUUGCCCGGCGUGGAGUCGAUGGCGUAUGAGCACGCCGGUCCUGACGGUUCGAGGUUGGUAGAGGUAGCCUGUAACCUCAGAGAGCCUUCGUCGCAAGAGGGCGGACAAGCUUCUGUCCUCGAGAGAGUCACGGAUCUUGCUCGAGCAAAGGGGAUCCGCAUACUUCACAGCUACUGCACGAACCCCACGCCCGAAGAGCUGGAAAGCUGGUGGACUAGCGACAAGAGCAGCUCACAGACGUGGGAGUGGAGAGUUCCGCCAGGAGAAGAAAACUUUGACAAGUCGUAGGGAAACAAAGGAGGUGUGAUCAGAUGGCAAAAAACUCAACAUCUUCAUUGCAUGCAUAGAGCGCUUGUGACGCAUAAUUUGAAACAAAAGACCACGAAGG